UGUUUAAUUUGUAAAUAUUUUUCACAGGAUGAGCUAGAAUAUUCAAUGUCUUCCACAGUGGUUUUAACUGAAGUUGAGCAUCAGGCUCAUCCCUCAGAAGAUAAUGAGCCUGAGGAGUAUAGAGAAGCAGAACUAAUAACAUUUGACAACUGCUGCAAGGGCAUAGGGAUCAAGAUCUGUGGUGGAUGUAGCAGAGACGGACGAGAGGUCAAUGGGAUUUUUAUCAAGAGAAUUUUCCCUGGAGGUCUGGCAGAUCAAGAUGGUAGAUUACAACAAGGUGAUGAAAUUUUGUCUGUCAAUGAUGAAAGUUUUCAAGGAAUAACAAAUGACAGAGCAGUGUCUAUUUUGCGGCAAGCAUCGGCAUCUAACCAUGUGGAGAUGGCGGUGGCUCGGGAUGAACAAUCAAAGGCAGAAUUUUUGGAAAUUCUAGAGAAACAAAAUGGAAUGAGCUUUCCGUGCACCCCAGUUCCAGUGGAAUCCCAUGGAAAAAAAGACAUUUCAAAAGCAAUUUUGAUGAAUGGGUCAUCAGACAAUGACAGGAGUUCCUGUAGUUCUCCAAGAUACUUCAUGGAAACAAGUCCCCAGCAUUCACCCAGGGAGGAGAUCAUACACCACCACAGAACUAACCAGGAUCAUAUAGUCCCUGAUAGUUUUCCUUCCACAAGAGAGACACAUCAACUUCCAGGACAUUUUAUUUCAAAUGGCAGACACUUAAUACCAAGCAUGGCAUCCACACCCCAUGACAAAGGUAGAAAGAUGAAUGACAACCGUCCAACCAUCUACUCUGUAGAUCCCUCCCCAGUGCAAGGAAGCAUGACCUCUGACCCUUUCACAUCUGUAACAUCCAACGAAUCAUCAAGAUACAGAAACACAUCAAAAUCAAGAAAGUUGUCUUUGGAUCCAACUGUAAGACUGAAGAUUGAAAAACUAGAGGUGGCACUACAGUACCUUGGUCUGGAGCCCUCGGGGGAACAAGGAGCCAGUCUUAGAGAACAACUAAAGGUAGACUCCUCAGGAACGGUCAGUUAUGGAGAUUUUGUAGCUGUUGUCAGAGACGUGUUUAAAGAAGAGCUUCUGAAGAAAAGAAUUGAUCCACGUGCCAUGCUGUUUGCUGCUAAUGAUAUUACAGAUAUAGUGGAGCCACCACCUUUCAGAUACUCAGUAAAUAACCUACAUAGCAGUAGAGAUGAGUACAGUGACCUUCAACAGGAAAGGGAAGACUUACAUCUGGAAGUUCAAAGACUCAGGUUAAAGCUACAGGAAAGUGAGACUGCUAGAUGCCGGGCAGAGGAAGAGCUACAUAACAUACAGCUGAAAGCCCAGGGUGCGAUGAAGAAGGUGGAGAUCGCAGAGAGAGCCCAGAGAGAGGCUCGGAACGUGGAGAAGGACUACGAAGAGGUGGUACAGCUUCUGGAGGCUGAGGUGGCCAAAUUAAAGGAGGAACGCAAAACUAAUGUGACAAAUAAUGUAGAUACACAGCAACAAAUGACAGUGUUUUCCUGUCAGCUGAAGAAGCUGGAGGCAGAAAAGAAGACAUAUGAAGUAGCCACUGAAAAGCUGUUACAGUUUGCAGAGAAUGUGCAUGAAGCAAUGAUGUCACAAGGAAACAAUACAGGAGUAAAAAAAGGUGAUCCAGCAAGAGGCACUCGUCCACCAGCAUACCUGGGCAGACAUAAACAAUCCAACCCAAAAGCUCUCGCUGCUGAGGCUAAAGAAGUAGUUUCUGCUGUCCGAUCCAUUAUAGAGAAAGAUCCUUUACCAUAUGGAUGGGAAGAGGCAUACACUGCAGAUGGCAUGAGAUACUAUAUUAAUCAUGUUACCCAGACAACGACUUGGUUACAUCCUAAAACAGGUGUCCAGCACAAUACAUCAUCUCACGAUUCCAAACCAGCAAGGAAGCGGUCAGAACUGGCUCGUGUUGCCGUUUUAUACACAGGCGUGGAUCCAGGAAUUGAAGUUGGGAGGGGAGCACAAAAAGUAGGCAGGCAGUCUGGGGGCUUUGAGGCCCCCAGUGGGUCAAGGGCAAAGCUCUGGUGGGGGUCUAGGGGGCGAAACCCAAAGAAGCUCCUGUAUUCUAGAGAUUUUGUAGGUAUUGGAUCACAGCAGAUUAGACCGGUUCAGACUAGUUGUCACCUCCUUCACCACAGAGGUCCACUCGACUUCCCUCCUGGCGGUGCUAGAACUCGGGAGGAAAGGGAGGACACAGCAAAUCAGCAAGAAAAGGCGUCAAACUUAAAAUCAACCAACGUCAAGUCGAGCAGCAAUCGGAAUAACGGGGAAGCGCGCGUCGGCGCUUUCACCCGGUCAAGGAUUGUAAAGAAACCAAAAAGGGAUUUGAGUCCCCCUGAAUCACCUGUCAAAAAACAAGUCCAGAAAGAAACCAAGUUAAAUACACCUGAAACAAAAACAAAGAGGCAGUGGGAGUUAUGGAGCUCUGAUGACAAAGAUGCAUUCUUUGAUGCUUUAUUUGAGCAUGGAAAAGACUUUGAUGCCAUUCAAAAUUGGAUUGCAACAAAGUGCAGGAGGAAAAAUGUAACCCCAGGUCUUAUCAAGAACAAGGAUCAGGUUCGGCAUCUUUAUUAUCGAACCUGGCACAAAAUUUCGAAGUUCAUCGAUGUUGAUACUGAAAUCAAAAAAGAAAUCCAGGAGUUGUAUGGACUGAUAAACUAUGGGGUUUUGAGAAAGAAGGUCAAAGGAGUUCUGAAUGAAAAGGUUGGAGUUAAGUUGAAUGAACUCAUCUAUACAGGAUGCACAGCUGUAAAAGUACGUGGAAAGAAUGUAAGGAUAAAGACUCCCAUGUGCAAUGCUUUGAAGAAGUUGAACAAUAUUGAUGAUCAUAAAUCAGAGUCUUCAGAAAAGGUGCCAGACAAAAUCUGUGUAGAGAUGACCCCUAAAACCAAUGCUGCUUGGUCCUUUGUCCAAGAAAUGGCCACAAAUCCUAGACUCAGAAUGCUACUGAAAGGGGACAGAAAAUUGUCUUCUGUCAUGAACUACAUGACCAGCAAAUGGAAACCUCAUAGAGUUAAACUUAAAGAGGGUUUGGAUGGAGAGAAUGAUAUGAACACUGUAUUAAAGGUGUAUCCCCAUAGGGAGUGUGAGGUCACCCCAGUAUCACUGCAUUCAAUCAAGGAGCCAAAGAUCAACUUAGCAUUUAAUCACUACAAAGAAAGCAUCAAAAACUCAGUCAUGGUUUCUAAGGGAAAGAAAACUGAAGCUCCAGUCCCAGUUCCUACUUGUGAUAGUUCUUCAGUUGAAGGUGGAGAAUCAUUACCAAGCAAUACGUUUGAUUCUCCGAAGUCAACAAAGAGUGGCCGAGACUCAACAAAACCUGACAAUGGAUCAGCAUUUUCAUUGGAUGUAGGUGCCAUCGUUGAUGGGGAUAAUGCUAUGUUCCCUGACACACUUUUAUCCCCCUCCCAGAAGAAGGAGAUAAGUGGUUUGAACAAAGAAGGAAUUAGUAACACAAUAGAACUCUCCUCUGUGGAAGAUACAGAUGGUUGUAUUCCCAUGGAAACUCAAGUUGUGGAAGAGCAGCAGAUUGGUUGUGAUAGUGACAUUAAAGCAGAGCCCACAGUGGAAGAAUUGGCAGCUAUUGAAUCUCGUAAGCUGAAGGAAGCCCUGGAAGGAGGUCUGACCUCAGACAGGGCAGAUAUGACACUGGCUGAGCUGUAUUUAAUGUUUGGUAAGGAUGGCAAACUUCGCAUUGAGUAUGACUGGUGCAAGGAAGAGAUUAUACCUCAGCAUCUUUGUAAUAUGUUGAGAAGACUGGUGAAUUUGGCUACCAUCCAGUUUGCAGAUCUGAGUACAAAGAGUCCUAAUAGUUCAAAUUCUCCGUGCCAUGCAUGUGGAAUGGUGAAAAACAAAUCUAGAGUUGGCAAUUCCCGAGGGCAGAAAAGCAGAUACCCCCUGUCCUCAAAAUAUGGAGAAGGCUUUAGUGAUGCAAGUACUCAGACCAGUGUAUCACACCCAGUCAAUAAAAAAGUAGAUAACUCUGAUUCAAAAGAUGCAGUUUUCCGAGUCCCAGUGUACAGUCCCGCUUUCUUACAAAAAAACCUGAGUGUACCGUCAACAAGCAAACCAAACCAAGUCAAUACCACAAAUUUCCUCCCUCCACAGAGAGGAAUGAAAAAGAUUCGAACAAAUCGGAAGCAACUAUCUAUACAGCGCAAUAUCUUACCCAAGCAGCCUAUGGUGGUAGUGCGUCCCUCAGUGAGUCAGCAGUCUCUCACUGUCCCCGUCUGUCCCUCAGUAGGUCUGGUCAGCUUACCAAACAAUGGAGUUAGACUACAACCUAGAAUGAAUACAACAACAGGUAUCCCUAGAGGUACUCCAGUGCAGCUUAAUGUCCGACCCCAGUCCCCACAGGUUGAUCCCCAAAUUGUUUCUGUAAACAAUAACAUGAGUCAGUUGCUGAGUGGUGUUGACAUAGAUCUUUCCCGGAGUUCCUCGGCUACUACAUUGUCAGACAGUGCCUCAAAGAAGGAGGAAACAGUCCCCCGCCAUACUUUGUCCCCACCAAACAUGUCGGCUCUCCUGGACAUGUCUCUCUCUAACUUACCAGCUGCCAGUUCAGAAAAUACUGAUAAACUGAUAGACCUAGCACUUGGGAAUUCUAAUACAACAUUUUCAACACUAUUAGAUCCUCAGAAUCGUGAUAUUUUAAAUACACCACCCAAAAAGAAUCCCAGUAAAUACUCGUCUCCUCCAGGCAGCCCCACCAAUCCAUGGCUGAAUACAGGCGUGGAUGGAGGUGAUCUAACAUUCAUGAAUCUCCUUUCUGACUCUCCUCUGAAGCCCCCACAUACUUACCAUGUCACGGCCGCCUCUAAUCCUGUCAUACAAACCACUCCACUGUUUAGCGAGAGUUCACGGGACUCCAUCAUGGGCCGAUUAGAUGUUGAUGGAACUUUACAGAGUGUUAUGAAUGAGAAUAGUAUUGAUUAUGCAGUAAAAUUCCAAGACCUUGCAGCCCACAUUUCUGGAAAUGUAGACAGUUCACUUCUACUGAGGAAAACAGACUCUAGUGGGUGAUGCAUCCCAGAAUUCCACUUCCUGUCACAUGAUAUUUGAACUCUGUUAUCUUUGCUGUUUGAUCAAACCAUGAAAAUUUGAAUACUUCCUGAAUUUUACCAAAUGUAAUAUUCAACAGCCUUUAAUGCAACAGCAAGUACUGGUUUCAGUAAAUUCAGUUGUAUUGUUAUACAUGUAGUUCAAAACAAUAAUUUUACACUGUGUUCAAAUCAAGACAUAAUCUUACAUUUUACAUUAUAAACUUGUGAAAAGGAGGUUGAUGGAAUAUUUACAGUAUUGCAAAUCAGUUAUACACAUGAAAUAUGAAUUAUCUUUUAUUGAGAAACAGAAUAUAAUAGAAAGGACCAAGAGAAAAUCACAAACAGUGCAGGGUUUUGGAAUUCUUUAUGUAAGAUAUUGAUGUAUAUUUCUUUCCUUGCAAUGUUCCAUUUUGGAUUGAAGUAGAGAAUAAUAUCUAGAUUGCUUUGUUAUUUAUUUUACAUAAGCAUUUUCUCAGACUUGAGAGGCCUUGAUGUUACUGCCUUCUUAGCAUUGUUAUUAUUUGUUAUGAAUUGUAGCCAUAAUCUUUUAUUAACUGUGAUUAAAUAUUACAUGAA